AUGCGGGGCCCGCCGGGGGUUGGAAAGUCCACCCGCGCUCAGGAGAUCUUGUCUGACAGGCUGGGCUUGAUCGGUGCACUCUCCCUUGCGCAGCGUCUCGUCCACAUCUGCUCUACGGACGACUUCUUCACGACCUACCGGCGUGACGGCACGCAGGUCUAUACCUAUGACAAGUCUAAGCUGGGCCGCAAUCAUGCCAAGAACCAGGAACGAGUCAAGAUCCUGACAAGCCUGCGCAUGACGCCCAUCAUCGUGGACAACACCAACAUGUCUAGGAAGGAGAUGGCACCCUACCUCCGCACGGCCGAGGAAGCUGGCUAUCGGACACGGAUUGUGGAUCCGAGCGAGCUGCACGCAAACUGGCGGGAUCUGGCUCUGCUCGUAGAGCGGAAUCGUGGCCGCGAGGGUAUGGGCAAGGCGGUCAGCGAGGCCGUCCUCCGAAAGAUGCUCAGCCGCUACGAGGAGCUUGACCUCGCCCGGCGUGCGGGCGCUGCGGCACCAAAGAAGGCAGCCACCUCAACGGCUGCGGGCGCCCGGCCGGCCAGGGCUGUGCCACGAUAUUUCGGGGUCAACCUGGAAGCAGCUCUUCGAGUGGGCAGCGAGCGCGUGGGCUUGGUCUGGACGCCGAUGGUGGCUGCACUCCAAGCUGAAGUGGCCAAGGAGGCGUUCGAACUGCGACAAUAUUCCGUGCCAGCACCCUUGCACGUGACCACGCUCCACGCCUCGGACUUUGGCUCGGCCUUGGCCUCUGAAGCGGCGCUCGAGGAGUCUUUCGCGCAGGAAGGAGCCGACGUGGCCGUCAGAAUUGGCAGCGUGGCUUUUGCUCCGCACUGCCUCGCCUGCGCAGUCGUUGAGGGGGUCGUCCCUGCCUUGGUCGCGCCGGAAGGCAAGCUCCUCCACAUCACGCUGGCAACGCGACGUCCUUGGCAGCCGGUCGACUCCAAUGCCUUGUUGAAGGCCAUCUUUCACGAACUCCGCCAGAAAGGCUUGGAUGUGCAGGCGGCUGGGUGGAGGAAUGUCGAGACUUUGAUUAAAACGCUGGUGGCGGUAUUCUUGCAGCAACGAUGUUUUUCCCAGACCUUCGGAAGGACGCAUCAACUUCAGUGGUCCGCUCAGAGGGAGUGGAUCUAUCCGACAUCUGGCGUGGACCUGACGGUCGCUGGCCGCAGCUGCGAAGCCUUCCUCGUGCGCCUACCGGUUCAGCCACUGCGGCGCACACUGCAUUUUCGACUUCGAGUAUCCCGCGCCUUUGAUCUGACUGGUAAGGAGUCUAAGGAGCGUGAGGUGGCAAAGCGGCUGGGAUAUGCAGGAUUUGAGCCGCAGCAAACUGACCAGGAAGACCUUUGUGUCAAGUUUGUGCCGGAGCUCACCGAGUCGCUCAUGACCCGGUAUUGUGACGGCCACAUCUCGCAGGGAGAGGAUCGAAGCCCUAGCGCAAAGGGAUGCGACGACAGCUACACCGGCGCCGUCCGAAAGGCGCUGGCGAACAAAAUGCCGGGCACCUACCAUAUGUGGUAG